UCAGGCGCACCGGAUGAAGCCAUGAGGGUGAACUGGAAGCGAUUGAAUGCUGCCAGCUUCUAAAUUUAUCCUGCUGUAGUAAAACUUACUCUGUCGAAAUUGCACAUAUUUAUUUAUUUUUAUGUAAAACUACAAUCGAAACAUAUCACGGGAUGUAAGACAAACGUAAACGUAUCAUUUGAAGUUAGGUGCACAACUGAGAGCCAUCAUCGUUCAAUGUAAAGUUUAUUUUUUUCGUCAAAUCGUCACAACGAUUUGUGAAACAAAAAAUGUCCGAACCAAGUGGCAAAAGGCUAAAAACAAGCUUUCCCAUCUGCAAGACUCACCGAGCCAUCAUCGGGACCCGCGUGAAGCAAAAUUUCCCUACGGUCGUGGAAGAGAGCAUAUGCGGCGUAACGACCUUGCUUAUGGAGGUCGCUUAUCGGCUUGAAGCGCUGGCUAAGAUAUUUGAGCAGGAUGACAAUGCCCUCCCAAGAUUUGCUGCAUUUUUCCACCAGGAAUCAAAGAAGGAACAGAGGCAGGCAGAGGCUAUGCUGGACUACCUGAGGGAGCGUGGGGGACAGUACUGCAAUAAAGACAUCCAGAAACCAGGCUAUGAGGGUGUGUGCACCGUGCUGCAGGCUCUGGACCUGACACUGGCCCAGUGGAAGGAGGUAAUGGCCAUCCUGUUGGAGCUGAUCCAGUGCGCCAAGGAGCGGGGCGACCCGCACACUGCCAGCGUGGUCAAGUCCAGUUUCCUGGGCCCGCUCGUCCCCAAGGUCAAAACACUGGGUGACCUUUUGACCAACGCACGGAGACUGGGCUGCACCCAUGAUAGGACAGGGGGCUUUGGGGAGUACCUUAUGGACCAGCUCCAGGAGGAGUUGGCUGGUAUCUGACCCCCCCCCCCCCCCAUCUUCUCUCUUUGCUUAUAAACACCUCCACUAAUUGUUGGGUACAGUUGGGGUUUUUUAUUGUCAGCCUCCAAGUGAACAUUUUCCAACAUUUUUUUUUACACUUUUCCUGGUUAUUCUCAAAUCACUACUUUGUAAGGCAGCAUAGCUUUGAUGGCAUGAUCAGACCAAAUUCAGUUGCACACAGGCAAUACAUAAAGCAGGAAUGUGCUAGUAGUAGAUCACUCCAAAAAUCCAGCUAUAAUAGCAGAUUUUAGAACACAUAGACUGUCCUCAGCUCAUGGUAUGGUUUCAUUUUAUUCUGACAUCUUGUAAAGGAUGUACCAUAAAAGAGCACCCAUUUGUGUGUAUCCAGGAUGCAUUCAGCAUGUAGCCAUAGAAACACCUGUGCCUGUACCUUGAAGAAGAGUGUGUCACCCACUUGCUUUUACAAGUAUUUUUGUACUUAAAACUGCUCUUCCUUUAAGUAGUAUACAAAGCAGAAAGCACUUAGUGAAAUUUGGUAGCUAGAUACACUGUGGUGGACUGUUCCAGUUUUAGCAUAAUAUAUUUAUCACUCUGAGUCUUUGGCAUACUGUUAUUUUUCAUGUUAUCUUAAAACAAAAUAAAAUUUUAUUUCUAUUUUUGAUGGUGAGGACUUUAAAAAGUAGUGGAUGUGUUUAGUCUUGAAAUAACAUACAGAUUUCUGGUUUCUGAUUUUAAUAUGAGUGGGGGUCAGUUCAAUCACAGCUACUAUAGGAAUUACCUUAUUGCACUAUUUAAUAUUUAACAAAACACAAAUUAUUAUUUUUAUCUCUCUGAUGUAAGUGCCCAAGGAGUUUUACAUUUACAUUUAGUCAUUUGGCAGACACUUUUAUCCAAAGCAACUCACAAGUGAGGUAGAGUAGAACACAAGCAAAAAACCAUAAGGAGUCAACAAUAUUAGAGGUUUUAAAUGAGUCGUGCCCAGAAAUACAUUGUAUUUUAGUCCCAGCUCAGGUUUUACUUGGAGCCACUGAUUCACUGGGAUCAAGGAUAUCACUUCUUGUCCUAGGUGCUAAUCAGUUGUCAAAGACAACACCAAAUCUAGCUGCACAAGGAAUCUCAGAACAUCAUUGCACAGCACUGAUUUGAAUGGGCAGCAGGAGUAUAUCUAUUUAGUUGAUCAGGCAGGUUUUUAAAUCAGUCUGUGUUUCAGGUCUUGCCUUUAAGAAUUUGUUUCUUCCCCACAAGAACUGAAGGUUUCCACUGUGAUGUGGUAAUGACUUUGAUCAUUUUGUUGAGUAAAAGAAUGCAAUA